UCAAAAUUGUACUGUCAAUGUCAAUAUAACUAAUAUACUGCAGUUUGAUUAUUUAAUUUUUAUAAUAAGAAGAAAAUAAAAAAAAAAUAUGGUCCUUACAAAAGAAUAUAGAAUUUGCAUGCCUAUGACCGUGGAGGAGUAUCGUAUCGGCCAAUUGUAUAUGAUCGCGAGACAUAGCUUCGAGCAAUCAAGCAAUGGAGAAGGUGUUGAGGUAGUAGCAAAUGAACAAAUAAAUGAUGAGACAAAUGGAGUUGGCCAGUUUACUGAAAAAAGGAUUCAUUUGUCCAGUCACUUACCCUAUUGGAUCCAAAGUCUAAUACCAAAGAUUUUUUAUGUCACUGAAAAAGCAUGGAAUUUUUACCCAUUCACAAUUACUGAAUACACAUGUUCUUUCAUUCCAAAAUUCUCAAUAUCAAUUCAAACAAGAUAUGAAGACAACAAUGGCUCUACCUAUAAUUGUCUGGGCUUAACGUCUGAUGAAUUAGAAGUGAGAGAAGUUGAUUUCUUGGACAUAGCUUUUGAUGAGAUAAAACCACAUCACUACAAAGAGUCUGAAGACCCAAAACUGUUUAAGUCUGAAAAGUCUGGUCGCGGCCCGCUCGUUGAAGGAUGGCGAGAUGAACUUAAACCAAUCAUGUGCUGUUACAAAGUAGUCCAUGCCAAGUUUGAAGUCUGGGGGCUGCAAACCAAAGUGGAAGACUAUGUUCAAGCAGCUAUUAGAGAAAUCCUUCUUCUUGGACACCGCCAAGCUUUUACAUGGAUGGAUGAAUGGUUCAACAUGACUAUAGAAGAUGUCAGGAGCUAUGAAAAGGAAAUGCAAACGAAAACGAACAUGAAGGUCAAAACAGCGCUAGAUGAUGCAGAGAGCAAUCAAGAGGGGCAAGACAGUAAGAAAACAUCACAGCCGCCAACUCCAAAGACACCAAAAAGUCCCCUAGGGACACCCUCAUCGGAAUCCAAGUCCUGGUUUUCUUGGUCAUAAUUUAAUCCUACAAGAGGAUCUAUAGCCACUCCUCUGUCUAAGCAGGGUUUAGUUUUGUUGACACAAUGUGUUCAUCUGUUGCCUUCCUCUUAUAUCAUUCAUGUACCAUAGAUAAUUAUUUAUUUAAAAUCAUUCUCAAAUCGCAUGUAGUGUAAUUAAUGCAACGAAAUAGGUCGAACCGUUUGAAAGUAAAUUAAAACUAAAUUUUUAAUUAAUAUCAGAAUUGCCUAAAAUAUUUUUAAAUUUAACUUUUUUUUUGUUUACGAGCGUAAAUAUACAUUCUUUGUUAUGUAUAUAAUACUAAACGCCCUAUAAUGUAGUGAGACAAAAAUAAGCGACCACACGUAACGUAAAAUCAGUUAUCCACUGUCAGCGAGCAUUACGCAGUAUACUGUUUUACUAUAACUAUUAAAUUUUUCGUUCACUUUAAAUCGAUAAUAUGCUACGACGCUGAACGUGAUCUUUGACUCUCGGCGACCUAAACAAUAUAAUAUUACACUAUGCAUAGUAAUGCAUCGUGGACACUGAUUGGCACACUUAGCAGUACCGUUCGUCAGUCAGUGCGAAAAAUCCAGUUUGCCUCUACGUUCACACUAGGGCUAAACGUGGAAUUGCAUACAGUUUGCGGCUGACUUUAUAUUAUAGAUAAACUCUCGUUAUUCUUAAAUACAUUACCUAUGUAGUUGCAAAUGUUUGUUAAAAGUAAAUUAUUAAAAUAUACGUUAUGUACAGAGAUAGAUUCACAAAAGUGCCGCCUGUUGGGAGUACUAAAUCGUUGCAUAUGUUAUUUUUAGCUUUAUGACUUAAAAAUGUUAUAAUAAGACAAGGAAAGCUAUGAAGUAAUAAAAACCUUUGCCCGUGGAAAACCCAAGUCGCCGUAGGAAUAUCUAGCCUGAUUAACGUCACUGGUUACAUAAGUGCAUUUAAAAAAAAAGAACAAUAUAUUUUGAAUUUCAAAAGCUGAACAUGCAUAAAGUUAUGAUUUAUUCUAAUUAAAAAAUGGCAUGUCAUAUUAAAAAAAAUCAUUUAAAAUUUUAAGGUAGGUAAAUUUU